AUGCAGCCCGAUCCUCCUUUCAGCCCGAUCAGCCGGUCUUCGACGGCUUGCGAAUCGGACGAUGCCAGAGAGCCCAAGAAGCUGAUUCUCUGUUUCGAUGGCACGGGAAACAAGUUUACCGGCUCGAAUGCCGAUACAAAUGUGGUCAAACUGCUGAGCAAGCUCGAUCGUAAUGACCCGAACCAGUACCAUUAUUACCAGACUGGUAUUGGCACGUACGAUAUCCACGAAAAGACGGUGCACAAGAGUUGGUACGGAGAGAUGUGCAGCUCCAUCUCCCAGACCAUCGACCAGGGCGUCGGCACGACAUUCGACGCUCACGUCAUGGCCGGGUACCGAUUCCUCAUGCGAUACUACGACUCCGGUGACAAAAUCUACAUGUUCGGCUUCAGUCGUGGCGCGUUCACCGCCAAGUUCCUCGCCCGCAUGAUCCACACCGUCGGCCUGCUGUGCAAGGGUAACGAAGAGAUGGUGCCCUUUGCCUACCGCCUAUACCAGCGCUAUCUCGCGGGCGAAAUCGAAGACCACGACCAGCAGUCGGCGCGCCGCCGGUGGAGGCGCCGCUUCGGAAUGGACAACGACGACGAGGGGGCAGCCAGCGACGACGAGGGCCAACCCUUCCUCCGGGACGACGACACCGCGAGAUUGAUGCACGGACGACAAUACGAGGUCCUAUGCAAGAACGGGCGGGUCAAGGAGCGCAACAUCAAGGUGUACUUCCUCGGCGUGUGGGACUGCGUCAACUCCAUCUCCGUAUUCGAGCCCCGCACGCCCGUCCCCGUACCCAUCAAGGGCACCGCCACCUACGUCCGGCACGCCGUGGCCGUGGACGAGCGGCGCGUCAAGUUCAAGCCCGCGCUGCUGGCGCAGGACAUACGCGCCCUCACGCGCGACCACGAAAAGGAGGACAUCAAGGAGGUGUGGUUCCCCGGGUGCCACGGCGACGUCGGGGGCGGCUGGCCCGCCGAGUACCCCGAGGACGAGAACAAGCCGCGCCCGACGUGGUGGCAGCGCGUCAAGGGCGUGGGCAAGCGCAUCCGCGGCUUCUGGCGCACGAGCAGGGCCAAGGAGGCGACCAAGGCCAAGAAUAUCCUCACGGAUCCGUUCCAGAUGAGCGAUAUACCGCUGGCGUGGAUGAUUCGCGAGGUCGAGUCGGCGCGUUUUAAGCAGAGGAGGCAGCAGGCGCUGGAUGGGGAUAUGCAUGAUGCGCUGAAGUUUGGUCGAGGCACGGGUUUCUUUACCGUGCUGCUGUGGAAGUUCAUGGUAUACCGGUUGAAGAAGUACGACAACUACACGCCGCAAAACAACCACGGAGGGAAGUUACCUCCAUGUCUCAAGAACGACGGAAUCAUUCCGGAGUUGGAGCCCAUCGUCGAUCAAGACUGGAGGUUCGCGGACAUAGACCACCAAACGUACCGGUUCAAGAAGGUGGUGGACGACCCGGACCAGCUCGUGGAGCCGGCGGUCGUGACGCAGGAGCAGGAAAAUGGCGCGGUCAAGGCGAAGAUUCUCUGA